GGGUUUUUGUUUUUCCCAGCGUGAGGGAUCGCGUUUAGCGGCUGCGUCGGUCGCGUCUCUGAAUUAAGACAGUUGUAACUCAAAAAACAUUUAAACGUUUCGACACCGUAGAGAGAGGGAGAGAGGACCCGCGACCAGCCGCUAUGAGUUUGCUGGCUAAAAUCGCUGAAAUCGAGUCUGAGAUGGCUCGGACCCAGAAGAACAAGGCCACCGCUCACCACCUGGGGCUGCUGAAGGCUCGGCUGGCGAAGCUGCGCAGGGAGCUCAUCACUCCCAAGGGGGGGGGCGGAGGGGGCCCAGGGGAAGGUUUCGAUGUAGCGAAGACUGGCGAUGCCAGGAUUGGGUUUGUGGGCUUCCCCUCUGUGGGGAAGUCCACUCUUCUGAGUAACCUGGCUGGGGUGUAUUCAGAAGUGGCAGCGUACGAGUUCACCACCCUGACGACCGUGCCGGGGGUGAUCCGCUACAAAGGAGCCAAGAUCCAGCUGCUCGAUCUGCCCGGUAUUAUUGAGGGAGCCAAAGACGGCAAAGGAAGAGGCCGACAGGUCAUUGCUGUGGCUCGAACCUGCAACCUGAUCCUCAUUGUACUGGAUGUGCUGAAGCCACUGGGGCACAAGACUCUGAUUGAACACGAGCUGGAGGGCUUUGGGAUCCGCCUCAACAAACAGCCGCCCAACAUCGGCUAUAAGAGGAAGGACAAAGGAGGGAUCAACCUGACUUCCACGUGCGUCCAGAGCGAGCUGGACUUGGAGACAGUGAAGAGCAUCCUCGCGGAGUACAAGAUCCACAACGCUGACAUCACACUGCGCAGCGACGCCACAGCGGACGACCUCAUCGACGUCGUGGAGGGAAACAGGGUCUACAUCCCCUGUAUUUACGUACUCAAUAAAAUCGAUCAGAUUUCAAUAGAAGAGCUCGAUAUCAUCUACAAAGUCCCUCACUGCGUCCCGAUCUCUGCUCACCAUCGCUGGAACUUCGACGAUCUCUUAGAAAAACUCUGGGAUUACCUUAAACUUGUCAGAAUCUACACCAAGCCCAAGGGCCAGCUGCCAGACUACACCUCCCCAGUAGUGCUGCCAGUGGAAAGGACGUCUGUGGAGGAUUUCUGUCUAAAAAUCCACAAGACCCUGAUCAAGGAGUUCAAAUAUGCCCUGGUCUGGGGUUCCUCUGUGAAGUACAACCCUCAGAAAGUUGGAAAGGAUCACGUGAUGCACGAUGAGGAUGUAAUCCAGAUUGUCAAGAAAUAAAAACCAGAGGCUAAGGGCCGGCCUUUUUUACACUGUAUUAAAUGUAUCGCACAAACCUACAAGUUAACGGUGCUGGAGAUCAACCUUGUGUGAAAGGGCCCGGGAAUUUGUGACCUCCCCCCUUUCUCUAAGGCUAGCUGUGCCUAACCGAGAACAACAGGCUGUGCAUACAGCAAGGCUUCCUGUAAUAGAAAUUGUGACAAUGAAACCCUUGCUGAAGUGCCCGUGUUCUUCUGCAUAUUGGGGGGGGGGGGGUUGACAUUGAAUAAACCACCAAAAAUGUUUUAAUUGCAAAAAAAAAUCCUUCAUGCUUCUGUGGUGCUGUGCCAUUUAGUGUAGAAAUCAGGAUUUCCUUUCUUCAUUUUAACAAUGCAAAGCAAGGAAGAAAUGUAAAUAUUCAAAUAUUAGAUUCUCUAACUUAUUAGGAUUUCUGUGCCUAUGUGUCAUAAGAGUGCCAGAUCCCACUCCUGAGUGGGCAAUGAUUGAGAUUAAAAAGCACCCAACAAGUUUGUUAUCAUUGGAAGAAUACAGAAGUGGCAUUCUCUCACCCCCAUCCCAUUGUAAACUGAUCGAUAUACACAUCUAUAAAUACUGUGUAUUUAGGGCACCAAGAGAAAGGGAAUGUAUUUGAGCAAUGUUGUCAAGAAGCUGUCGGUAUAGAUGAUGCAUACUGACUGCAAUUCAUUCAUUUUAUGUAAAACUAUUAAACUGAACAAUUAAUAUUA